AUGAGAGGAACCAUCGCACGAAGGACAAUAACAAAACCACUUCUCUUAUUUGUUUUUAUCACUUUGGUAAUUUACGCCGCACAAAAACCAACUCAAUCCUCAAUAAGAUUACAUAAACGGGGUUUUGACUCAACGCCGGUAUACCAUGCAUCACAAUGUGGAGAUAGUUGCCCUAAACAUACAACAGUAGUUGUCGUGACUGCAAAACCUACACCCACGGUUAUUUCAGGAUUUGAGGGUAAAGCCAUGAGAGUGAGAGGAGAAGUAUGGAUGGCUGCCUUGAUUAUAGUUGCGUCGUUCUUUACAUUUUUCAUGUAA